GUUAGUUGUCACAACUCACAUGUCAGUUGCUAUCCGUCCAGAGAACACAGUCAGUUACCAGAACUGACGUCGAAGCUAUGACUACAGAACGGUAUUGCUGUCCCUGAUACGCCGGAUUUUGUUCUAACAAUGCACUCCUGAAUGAUUCUGUCAACGUAGACGAAAGAGUUGUAACUGCCGAUCCAUUCGUAGUGUGCGCCUAAACACCAAUCGUUCCAUCGCCUUAUAACGAAGCGUCACCAUAACUGACGGAAGAGCUAUGAGAAAUUGACAUGGUGGCUCUCGCGACCAAUCGAGAUGAGUUGAACGAAUCGAUACAAUUUAGUUAUUCGAACUUCGAUGUUUGUUGGGAAGAUAAAAAACGAGUGAUGGAAUUUAUCAAGAUCAUUCCUCGCUCGGUAUGCCGCCAUUGCCGCCGUCGCCCGUGGACUUGGCAUCGCUGCUGCGGUCCUGGGACCUCAGCCCUGAUAUCGUUCAAGCUUUUGUCGAGCAGCGGUUUACCACAAGCUCGUUGCUGCGCAUUAAAAAUGCCACCAUUGAGCGGCUGAUUCCUUUCGAGGGCCCCCGGUCUGAGUUUUUGUUUCAUUUUGAACAAUUUAAAUCGCAGCAGCUAAAAACUGUGGUUCCCAACCCCAGUGACUGCUCAACUUUUGCAGAUUGCAUCCCCUCAACAUCUGCUCGUAACACCUCAACUUUACGUCGUCCACCCAGGAAAAGGACUAAGUUUGAUGAAGGGAUGUUACAGGCCCUCCUCGCCCGGCCAAAUGUCAAUGAGCUGCACCAACAUUUAAAGGAGUCAAUACCCGGUCUCACUGUUCUUGGCUUCUACGCCAGUAAGUCGUUCCUUGACUACUUUGUAAGAGACACCUUGGCUCAGGAAGCCAUUUUCAAAGAGCUCAAGGGAAACUACAACAGAGGGUUGGUGCGGGAUGAUUUUGACAAACUCAGUGACAGUAUUGUGAAGCUUUUUCCUAAUGAAGCUAAGCAAACAUGGUAUGACGUUGUUACCAAAAACAAACGUACAGUUGUGGAAGGCAAACUUCGCUACAAGUGGUACGGAGUCCGGAGGAGCCUGUUCGAAGCAUGUUUAAUUACAACGUUACCCAAUGAGACGGCUGAUAAUAUUGGCGAAGAUUCAGGUGAUGACACAGACAUUGACUGUAAUGAAGAACUGGAACUUCUCUACAACCCAGGCAGUUCAUGGCCAGAUAUACAGGCAGCCUGGGAGGCAACGUUCCGUGCAAGGAAACAGGUCUUUAAGAAGGAGUGCAAUAAAAUAAUCAACAUCUAUCUAGACAAGUUUAUUUGCUUGGCCAAGCCCCUUGGCUGGACACUGAUUGCUCAGGAUGGAGAGAGGGAGCAGGAGGCAUUAAAAUCUGACAUUCAGCUAUGGGAUGCUGCUGUUCCAUUUUUAUUAGCUGAGAUAAGGACAGAGAACCCAACCUUUUUGUCUACCAAUGUACCUGAUGAUGUUCAGUUUCUAUCUAUCAUCCGUGAGCUUCCAAAUUUGUGGCGUGUGAGGACUGUGCCAAAGUCUGACGAAGCUUCAAAAUCUAGUAAAUGUUAUCGACCCACUCAACAGGAAAUAGUGGACUCCUUCCUCCUUCAUGUUCAGGACAUUUCUUUAAUCCAAGAGAAACUGAAUGCCAGAAAAGUUACCCUACACAAAUUCAAGCAUCAACUGCAACCAGUGGCUGUGGUUGUUGGUAGUUAUAAUCUCAUGGAAAUCAGACAAUGUUUCAUUUGCGUUGACAACCAUAGGUGGGAGGUUCCAACACCCCAGCAAGCAGUGUUUGGUGUUUUCAAACUUUGUUUUGGCCUGAAUGCAAGAUACCCAAUUGAAUCAAGACACAUCUGGUUAUUUUUGCAGUUAGCUGUUUUUAAAUUCAGCACUCCACAAGAUUAUUUAAAUGACAGAGGCCUUCGCUCUUAUCUUGCUGCUAGACUAAAGGACUCCGAAAGGUUUAAUAAUCAAUAAUGAAGUGCAAAUAUUGCAAAGUUUCUGUGAAUUCAUUUAAAUCCUACAAAGUGCACCACAGUAUUGAUCAUGCAAACCAACCUUUCAUGUGUCCAAAUGAAUCUUGUGGGAGGACUUAUGGUGUGGCUGAGUAUAGGAACUUUUUGAAGC